AUGGAAGCCGCCAAAGAUAGCCUCAUCGACCUGGAGAGGCAUCGGCAACGCUUAGAGCAAACAAUCAAGGAAGUCAAGGACUCACUCCAGUUCUGGCAGAGUCUCGACAGCGAGUACGAGUCACUCAAGGAAGAGGUCGAGGCCGUAGAGGACGACGAGCCUGCAGCGCUGGCCCAAAUCCAGUCGAGUUUCGAGGGGGAGGCGAUUUCGCAAAAGAACCUGGCUGAGAUUUUCGGCCCGAAAUCGUCGAGAUCAAAGGAGCAGAUUGUCAAUGUGCUGGAUCGGCGAAUAGACUAUGUUACCAAAAACAUUGAGAGCUUGACCAAGCAACUAGAGAUUGCCGAGAACAAACAUGCAGCCGCUCAGGUCAUCAGCCAGCCCGACAUGCGGGACGAAGAGGGCCAGCCUAUCACGGAGAUUAUGGAGGAACUCGACGACAAUGGUAAUGUGCUGUCUUAUAAACUGAGUCGCCCCGGCGAGACGCUGCCGCAGGUUCGCGAAGCCCUGAAGAAAGCUGGGAUUAAGGAUUUUCCAGAGGUCAACGACGAGGUGACUGUGGAUGGUGAUACAAAACAGCCCAAGGAAAAAGCUACCUCAUCACCACACUCAAAACCUGACACGACGGAGGAUGCUACUCCUGUCACGAAGCUGCCUUCAGCACAAGAACAGACACUUUCCAUUCGGCCUCAUUUCAAACGUCCAGCGGCAAAGGAUUCGAAGGCCGUGGCAAACCAGCACCCGGAGAAGCCUGCAAGGAAAGGAGUGUCUUUCGCCGAAGACACGAAACCCGCGGCCGACGAGGACUUGCCACCCAUCUCGCGGAACGCCAUACGGGUCGGGUCCAUCAUGAAGUCUGCGAAAGAAGAGCAAGAAGACUUCACUCAGCAAGCGCCCAUGAUACCCGAGGACGAAGACCCCGAAGAGGCAGAGCUGCGAAGACAGAUGCUUGAGUAUAGUAUGGGGGGCAUGGGCGAGGUCGGGGCGGUAGUCGCGGAGCUCGAUAUCGAGGAAGCGUCCGACGAAGAUGAGGAUUGGGACUACAGCGAUGAGGGCUUUGAUGAGGAUGAGGAGGAUGAAGACAAGUACGGCCGCUACACCGGUCGGGUCGUCACAGACAAGUACCGCGAACGUAUGCUGGAACUGGAGCGCAAGCUCGGCAUCAAGUCAGGCUUUACAAAAAAUCUCGACAAGGAGGACAAGGAAGAUGACAGCGACGAUCCUGGUGGCGAGGAUGAGCGCCUGGGUCGUAUCGUCGUCAAGACCGAGUCUUCACCACCAGCGUCUGUGUCACAGCCGCCACCAGCGAAACCAGCACUCAAGGGAAAACGCCCGAGCGACGACUCUGCCAAGAAGGGAGUUCGCUUUGCCACGAGUCUCGACAUUGCACCUGAUAGCCCUCCAGCUGCCGCGUCCCCGGCCGUCACGUCUGAUGUCUUGGAACGUGCGCCGGUAGUCGAGCCAGUCAGCGACAUUGUCGUGGAACGCACAAGCAACACUCGAGCGGAAGAGCCGAAGCCAGCACGGAAGGCAUCCAAGUUCAAGAAAGCCAGGGACACUGCGCCUCAAGCGGGCGGGUUGCCCAAGGGUCCCAUGGACGUCCCGGCGCGCUUCUUCGGCGAAGACCGACCGACGGCUCCGACAGGACCUCAGGGUACCACGCUUGCUGAUACGCUGGUUGAGCACGACGCAGUUCGACCGGUGGAUGAUGUCGAAUUCGAGACGUAUGAUGACCAGCAAGAGCUCGCCAAUGAGCAUCAGCGACUGCGCCGCAAGUUCAUCAACCGCGAGGGAGGAUUUUUGAAAGAGGAUGAGAACCCUCUUCAACCCCUUGACGAGACUGAAGGCGGACCGCCGCGGCUCAGUCGCUUCAAGGCCGCCAGAUUGUCCAAGCAUUGA